AUGUACGACGACUCCUGGUACAGCUUCGUGCCAGACGUGGCCAAGAAAGCCACCUCGGCCGCUCCGGGUCCUGUCCACCGCCGCAAGGAGUCGCUGUUGCAGCAAUCUAACGGCAUUCCACAAGCUUCCAGUGCUCCGGAGACUCUCGACGAAAUCUUAGAGGGGGUUGAGGAUCGCAACACCCCUCCCGAAGCAACUGUGCUCCGCCGCGCAAAGUCAUACUCUGACUUUUACCACGUUGUUCGAGCUCAAUUGGCCAAGGAUGAGCAGAGAAAGAAGCGCAGACGGAGGAAGGACAAGACAUGGGAUGCCUUGGAUAUCGCGGCCGACACCACCGACUCCAAGACAGACCACCGCCCAGUUCUGAGCCUGUAUGAGGAUGAAUUGCGCGAGGCUAGCCAGCAUGAGUAUUUACUUUACAACGACCAGCUCACCCUCACCGAACGACACCUCGAUACACUCAUCGAUGACACAAAUGCAGCGCUGAAGCUCCUGACGACGCUGUCCGAGUCAUUCCAAUCCGUCGAGGCACAGACGAGCUCGUUCCAGUCUCGGUGCGAGGACCUUUUGUCGGAACAGCUCAGGCUCGAGAAGCUGGCAGAUGAAGUCGGCACCGAUCUCCACUUCUACGCCUACCUCGACAACGUCUCCAGGAGACUCAAUGCCCCUGGUGCUGGACGGUUGGUUGACGACGACUCUUUUGGCGAGAUUCUGAGGAACCUAGACUCCUGCAUUGGCUUCAUGUCAAAACACACAAACUACCGCGAUGCCGAGUCGUACCUGGCUCGCUAUGAAGCGUUGUUGACCAAGGCGCUCCACCUGCUCGAAGUGGGCUUCACCAACCGGUUGGAAAGCAUAUCGUCCGAGAUCUCUGGCCUGAUUGCGGGAACCAAGUCAGAGGCCACUCGACACGCGGUCGCAUAUGGACGUUUCGAGGAGAUGAUACUCGAUUCGUACUCUUUAAUCCCUAAUGUUCACAAGGUUGUGAGCAGUGUGUACGAUCAAUAUGGCCUUCCGAUCGCCAGUGUUGCCAAGGAUAUCUAUUCCAACACCACUAGCAACCUUUUCAGCUCUUACCUGGGUUUUCGGGACCGCGACCUCAAGCCCAUUGUGCAGCAUGAUCAGGACGAGUUCAAGAAGGAAAUCAAAGACCUAUCCGUCGAGACAGCCUCGAGGAAUUACAUCAAACAGAGCUUUGAGCGCGCUUUCAAUGAGGCCAAUUUGUUCUCCAAGAUCUUUGGCCUGGACCUGCAGUGGAGUUCUGACCCAGAAUCGGCCUACGGGGUCCUCAAAUCCAACCAGAGGUCUCUUGUCAACCCCGCAAACCUCGUGCAGAUAGCCGCCAACCUACAGUCAGCGUUGCAAACGGCAGACCUGGACACUAUUUGCAGCGUUGUGGGAUGGCUGACCAACGAGUAUCUGGUCCUCGACUACGACGAAGAAGAAUCGCCUUUCGCGCGCCAGUGUCGAGAGCUCAGCGCCAGGCUGCUGACCGAGCAUCUCUGGAUCUUUACAGACAGCGCAUUCGAGGGGGAGAUCACUAAGACGAUCGCGAAGGCUGUGGUGAAGGAUGAGACCCUGACCAUCGGGCCCGUCGUCAAUGGCGUCUCUUCCUCAAACGCCUUCCCGCCUGUCAAACAAGCACUUAAACUCCUGGCCAUGUACGACCAGGCCAUGCCCAAGGAACGAAGCCAAAAAAAUAGCCAAGUCGUCUUCAAGAUCGUUCGUGAAACCAUUCAGAUACUCCAGCGCGCCGAAGCUCGUAUCAAGUCCAUCAGAGCAGGAACAGACGCCGACUUAUUCAUGGUAAAAAAUCUUCUCAUCGUCAAGAACGAGCUCGUAUCCCUCGAGAUCGGCGACAUCCGAGGCGACGCAGCGGCAAUGCAGCACUUCGGCCACAUUUGGGAUAACCUGAGCCCCCAGAGCUGGGUGGGCUUCGUCAGCAACAUCAUCGGCGGCUCCCUCUGGUCGCGUGCUGCGCCGCAGCAGGCAUCUGUCACGGCCAAGACACUGACGGUCGAAGACAUGAGCGAGCAGCUGGAUGAGCUGCUGAGGCAGUCCAUCGUCGCUUUCACCCAGCGAUGGGGAGCCCUAACGAAUGAUGCCCGCGCUAGGAAGCCGGGCGUGAAGCCGAUCGGCAAGGUCGAGAAGGAGCUGGACGAGGUGCUUCAGAGAGCUUUCAGUAAUCAGCCCGAGGUCAUUGCGAAGCUGAAGGAGGCCAUCCAGAUUAACGCGCAGGCGCAGGAGGCGGCGCAAGAGGAAAAGAAGGGAAUCAGACGGUACUAG